AUGUUUUUCUUUCACAAGAAUAUAUAUUAAAUCUAAGAUUUUUUAAAUUGUUAGUUUCCUUUUUGCAUUCAUCUUAAUUUAAACUUUAGUUGUCGAAAAAUUAAUGACGAAUUGGCAAUUCAGAUAGGCUAAGGUUUAUCCUUUUGCACAAAUCUAUAAAAUUUGGCUUUAGAUAUUUCAGGAGACCAACAUUAAAUAAGCAGUGAAGGGAUAAAAGGAUUAACUGAAGGAUUAAAAAAUUGUUAGAAUCUAAGAUCUCUUUUAAUAAAUCUAGAUUACAAUAAAUUAACAAACGAAUGCAUUAUUAAUUUAACAAACCCUUUUCCUACAAUCUAAAACCUUAAUACAUUAAUUCUAUCGUUCAAAUCGUGUUCUCUAGGUAAUAGUAUGAGUAGCUUAUGCCUUUCAAUAUCUAAGUGCUUUAAUCUAACUACUUUAGGUCUAGUUUUAAACAGUAAUGGUAUUAUCAAAGAAGGAUUCUAUCAUUUAGGAAUUUCAAUUUAGAACUGUAAACUUUUAAGAUGUUUCAUACUCAGUUUUGAAAGUAAUGGCCUAGUAAGUUAAGAUUUAAAUGAAUUGUCUUAACAUUUUAAAAAUUGUAAAAGUCUUCGAUCAUUAAAAAUGGAUUUAAAUUUUAACAGAAUUUAAGAUUAAGGAGCCCAAGAUUUAUGCUAAUAACUAAUAUAAAACAGUUAUCUAUAUUGCUUAAAAAUAAUGAUGAUCGAUAACUAAAUCAAGAAUUAAGUUAAAUUUUAGACAAUCAGAAAAUUAAAGAAAAUGAGUAGAUUAGUAGAUUUUUAUUUUAAAGCCUGA